AUUUUCAUCUAUUGUCUAAAGUGAGGCUAUGCAACUAUGCAAUACAAAAUAUCACAUUGUUCCUCUUACAAAUGAUAAGUUGAAUUCAUAAUCAAUUAAACCUGUAAUUACUACAUGUGGCCACAGUGGCUGCUGUUCAGUACCCAAACACACAAAAUGAAAUAAAAAUCACUUUAUUUUAGUACAUACAUUUGUUAAAAAGUAACACAAUCAGGAAAAAUACUCACAUAACUGAGUCCAUUCAGUUAGGAAAGAAAAUACUGGAAUUGGGUUUCAGAAAUAUACCAUUAUUCAUCAUUACAUUUAGCUGCUUUGCCUGUUUGUGUCUGUCUUUCCUCUUUCGCACACUAACACCCAACCACUUCUCUCCUGAAAUGGGCUGCCUGCUCUAAUAAUUUAUUUCCACAACACCUCACAUCCACACACUCAGACACACACCUUUUGUAGUUCUCCCUUGAUAAGCUUGUCUUUAUCCCCACAGCGAAAAAUAGUGGGGAACUCCUGAUCUUACCAGCCUGCCAGGAGCUAACCAGACAAUGCACUCAGUUAAUAAUAGCCAGCCAUCUUUGUUUAGGGCCUUUUCAGACGUCCAAGUCUCACUAAUUGGCCAAUUUCCAGUUCUGGGACUGAUACCUCAAUGAUAAUGCUGAUUUAAUUAGCGCACACAGGUAGGCUGCUCACACAUUUAGAGCAUUAGAUAGCUACCGUUAUGGCUCUGAACAUGAUCACUGCCGGUGGCUGACACUAUUUAGGUACUUUCUCUGCUGAAGCAACAAAAACAAGGAUAGAACAGUGGUAAUACCUAAUGCAGGGUUAGCUCACUGAGAGGUUAUUUGAGGCAAGAUGUCUCCUGCUUGCUCAAAUUGUUUAAUUAGCAAGUAAACAGGGCUGACACAUUAAAUUGUUAGAUUGGAACAGUAGGCUGCUGGUGUGAGCCCAGUAACUGGCUUACAGAAGACCUUUGUGUGAAGCAACUGUAUUCAGUGAAUGUUGAGGUGCUCUUUAGAAGCCUCCACAGGUCUUAGCAGCCAGUGGUUGGAGUGUCUCCACGGUGUAAAGGUGUGUGUAGUUUCAUGUAGCCUAUGGAGAUAUGGUGACAUGUGAAAACCACCUGAACCAAUGAGAUAGGACACCGUCCACAUACUGUCCUGAUGUAGCCAAUGCAUCCAACCUGGCAGUCGACCUGACAACAGUCUCACUCUCUCCUGCGUCCUGCUUAAGAUGGGGAGGAUUGCCCAAUAUAAAAUGAUCAGCGUUGGGAUUUGCGGGUUAAGGACGCUUAUAGCAGGGGUUUUAAUGUCAUGACGUCACAUUCAUUAGCGGCCACUUUGAUCCUUUCAGCCUCUAAGCCGCACUCUGUCCUAUUCUGUCUGUCGCCGGACACGGGACGUGUUAGUGACUCCCUCGGGGACCGUGGAGGAGAAUGCACGUCCGCACAAACGGAUGCUACUGAGCCACCCAACCGCGUAGGCCACAGAACAGCUCCCCUCUCCAUUUUUUUUUAUUUUUUUUUUUAUACAUAUCCCUGCAGGUGAUGCUUUUGUGAAAAGACGGGAAUACAAAACUACUCGAGUUCAAAAUGGCAGACAAGGAUAGCGUGGAGAAAUACCUGGAGAACAACCCACAGUUCGCUAAAGAAUACUUUGAUAAGAAGUUGCGUGCUGAAGCCCUUUCCGCCGCCUUUUCUGCACCUGUCGACAUCAAAGACACCGCUUCCUUCAAGGAUGUUAACUCAGUUCAAGAGGCCGCCAUCAUCUUCGAGAUGGUCCAAGAGUUGCAGAAACAAGGAGCCAUGGAGCAGUCCCUUCACAAAGUGUUGCAGAGAGUUGCCCUGAUCUUACAGGCCGACAGGGUCAGUUAUUACUCAUGCCGGGCCAGAAACGGAAUACCCGAGCUCGCCACUUGCCUCUUUGACGUGACUCCAACAUCCAAAUACGAGGCAAACGUGGUCCAUCCGCAGGGUGAAAUUGUGUUCCCUCUCGAUAUGGGUGUUGUCGGUUUCACCGCACAGUCCAAAAAGCCACAAAAUGUUCCUGACGUCUCAACGAAUAAAAAGUUCUGUGACUUUGUGGACAAACAGACUGGAUACAAGACUAAAUGCAUGCUCACUUUCCCUCUGAUGGCUGACAAAGAGUGCCUUGGAGUCGUCAUGGCACUAAACAAAAUAGGAGCGGAUACGUUCUCUGCAGAGGAUGAGGCGCUCUUCCACAAGUACAUGAACUUUGCUCAAGUCAUCACCCUGCAGCACUACACAGCCUACAUGUUCAAUGUGGAAUCCAGAAGGAGUCAGGUGCUGCUCUGGUCAGCCAGUAAAGUGUUUGAGGAGUUGACAGACAUUGAGAGACAGUUCCACAAAGCGCUCUACACUGUCAGGACCUAUCUACAAUGCGAACGAUACUCAGUGGGUCUGUUGGACAUGACCAAAGAGAAGGAAUUCUAUGAUGAAUGGCCGGUGAAACUGGGAGAUGUGGAACCCUAUAAGGGACCAAAAACACCAGACGGCAGGGAAAUCAUCUUUUACAAGAUCAUUGACUACCUCCUUGAAGCCAAAGAAGAAAUCAAAGUCAUACCUGGUCCGCCUGCAGAUCACUGGGCUCUAGUUAGCGGACUACCAACCUACGUUGCAGAGAAUGGCUUUAUUUGCAACAUGAUGAACGUGGCUGCAGAUGAUUUCUUCACUUUCCAGAAAGAGGCUGUGGAUGACACAGGUUUUGUCAUCAAGAACGUCUUGUCGCUGCCCAUUGUCAACAAGAAGGAAGAAAUUGUGGGCAUUGCCACUUUCUUCAACAGGAAAGACGGCAAGCCAUUUGAUGAACACGAUGAACAGAUCACUGAGGCCCUGACACAGUUCUUGGGUUGGUCAGUGCUGAACUGUGACACCUAUGACAGGCUGAACCGUAUGGAGUACAGGAAAGACAUCGCCCAGGAGAUGCUCAUGUACCAGAGCAAAUGCACCAAUGAUGAGAUGCAGUCCAUUCUGAACACUAAAGAGAAGUUUGAUUCAGAGCCAGAAGACUGCGACCAGAAAGAGAUGUACAAACUAUUGAAAGCAACCUGCCCGCCAGCUGACAAUGUCACUGGAGAGAAUCUGUACCUGUUCUCCUUCAGUGACCUCCCCGUCACAGAGCACGACCUUAUCAAAGCCGGCAUUCGCAUAUUCUUUGAGCUCGGAGUUGUUGAAAAGUUUAAAGUUCCCGCAGAGACGCUGACCAGAUGGAUGUACACAGUGAGGAAGGGUUACCGUGCCAUCACCUACCACAACUGGAGGCACGGCUUCAACGUAGGCCACACCAUGUUCUGCCUGCUGCAGACAGGGAGGCUGAGGAAGUACUACUCUGAUCUAGAUGCCUUUGCCAUGGUGGCUGCUGCUUUCUGCCACGAUAUCGACCACAGAGGGACCAAUAACCUCUACCAGACAAAGAGCGCAUCUCCUCUGGCUAAACUUCAUGGCUCCUCCAUCAUGGAGAGGCACCAUUUGGAGUACAGCAAGACGCUCAUGGCUGAGGAGAGCCUGAACAUCUUCUGCAACCUCCAGAAGCGUCAAUUUGAGAAUGUGCAGCACUUGUUUGACGUCUGCAUCAUCGCCACUGAUCUGGCCCUUUACUUUAAAAAGAGAACCAUGUUCCAAAACAUUGUGAAUGCCACAGAGCCGAUGGCAGAUGAAAAGGAGGCCAUUGCCUACGUUUCCAACAACGCCACCAGGAAGGAAAUCGUCAUGGCCAUGAUGAUGACAGGUUGUGACUUGUCAGCUAUCACCAAACCCUGGGAGGUACAGAGCAAGGUGGCUCUGAUGGUCGCUGCUGAAUUCUGGGAACAGGGAGAUUUGGAGAGAACUGUUUUGGACCAACAACCAAUUCCCAUGAUGGACAGAAACUGUGCCGAACAGCUACCCAAGAUGCAGUGUGGUUUCAUCGACUUUGUGUGCUCAUUUGUAUACAAGGAGUUCUCCAGGUUCCACAAAGAGAUACAGCCUAUGUUUGAUGGUCUGAACAACAACAGGGCACAUUGGAACGAGCUGGCUGAGGUAUACAACGCAAAGAUGAAGGCCAUUGAGGAUGAGAAGAAGAAACUGGAAGAGGAAGAAGCCAAGAAAGCUGGAGGCGACGGAGGGAAGUCAAAGACCUGCACCAUCUGCUAAGGUUCCCCGGUGCUUGGAUCUGGACUGAUGCGGUCUGGUUAUUCUUGUCUGACAACUAGUCUAGUUGGGGCUUGACUAGGCUAGCUUGGUCUGGUCUGAUCUACACCAGUGUAGUUCUCUCUGGUUAGGUGCUGUCCGCUCCGGUGCAGUCUGGGUCCAGCCCUGUUUGGUCUGGUCUGGUUCAGUCUAGCCUACUUUAGUCUAGUGUAGUCAGGUCUGGUCUGCGGUCCAGUCAGCCUAGAUAUUCUCCAAGGAGGGAAGAGUCAGAAACAUUACCAAAAAGUAAUGUUGGGACUCUGACUGCAAGAGAAACCGUUUGACUCUGAAGAUGUGAUGUAUUUGAAACUUAAUCUGCUUCGUACAACACACAGCCAUGCACAUUUGAAACCCAAUAUCUACAUGGACAACAUAUAUUUCCCUUUAACAUAUUAAUAAUCUAAACAUUUCUGACAUAUGGUUUGAAACCACGGUUGGAUGCAAAUGUUCCAAGUCAAGCUAAAGUACAGAUACAAACUCUUUAGUAUAAAUAGCUCAAACAGGGUACUGCUUGUGCUGCAUGUGGGGUGUAUACAUGCCAAAACAAUAGUUUUCACAUGGUGUUCCUAUUAGCAGUCAUUUACUACACAGUAUAGUAGUACUGUAGGUUGCACAAUGCACUUAGCUGCUGUUUUGGCAGUGGCAGGCCAUGAAUGGAGGAUGGGAGGGCAGGCAGGGACUAACCACGUAACUUUAUACUUACUGGGAUCAGAGGAAUGGGGUUAGAAUUAUGUUUUUGGUUAACAGUUCAUGUAGCAUGAGUUGUGGAAUUCAUUCCUUGAACACAAGCCCAGGAGACUGCAAUCUGAAGGAUCUGUCAAUGCUGUAUAACAAACCUCGAAGCUCAGAUACUACAGCAAAUGAUUACGCUCAAUCAACAAGGGCUGAUGUUCUCUUACCUCAAAAGGCACUGAUGAGUUGUGUAAGGGUGAAUUUAUUGUUAUAUGCAAUCCAUCUAUAUACAUAUAUUUUUUGGAUUCUUUGUCUGACAAUUUUGUACUUGAACUGUCUUCAUGGACAGAGAGUUUGAGACGAGCUUUGAGAGAGGGCGUUGUGAAUAUGUGAACAAAUGCACUCUAAAAUCAAAUUCAGGCAUUUAGAAAAUGUGUUGAAUUUGUGCAACUUUAUUGCCAGCUUUGAAAAACACCUUUAAGCUGGUAUUUUUAUGUCCAACCACCUGGAGAAAUACCUGAAAAGGGUAAUAUAUAUCAUAUUUACGCCAGUGUUUAGAGCAAAAUUACAAUUCCAUAUCAAUUCAAAAAAAGAUAACUUCUUUUAAACGUGCAUGAUUUCACAUGUAUAUAGUUUAUUACAUAGAAAUUGUAAAAUGUAAAUUGUGUAAACUUAAGAAUAUUUGAAGCAUAGAACUGAUUUGAAGGAUGUACAAGUAAAAGCAACCUUUGCUUCUUCUAAGGAGUCAAACAGGGCACAGUAGAUCUACCUCUCCUGUAAGAAGAUUUGAUAGGAUUUGAUUGCCAGCCAGCGUUUAAGAUCCACACGGCUUUAGACUUUAAAUACCCUUCUUACAGAGGAGGUAAAGCAGGCUACCAAAGCCUUACAUGUAUGUGCAGACAACUUGUGUUUAUGUGGCGGAUGCAACUAUAGCAUCAUUGAUUGUGUGACAGGCCAAAGUCCUCUGCUUCUUUCGUCACUGAUGCAACAGUGUGAUGAAUCAUGCAAUAACUGCUGUUUGAUGUCAACUCAGUGUGAAUCUCCCCACAACACCUCUCCAUGUAAACCUGAAAUGACUUGAUCUUAUCAGGCAUCUGAGUUGACAGCGCACCCCCCUGUGAACUUUCUGAAACACUUUUAGCAAUGUCCCUCCCGGGUGCAAAGGCAAGCUGCAGCUCUUAACUUCCUGUUACACAAUGUCAUCUCCUCUAAUCAACGGGGCAUCAAUCAAAGGCACUUAAUCCUAUCAGAAUGGCUUUGGGACUACCUGGAAACUCCUUUUCUGCUGCUUAAGGAGAAGCGAGGAGCUGUUUUGAUUACUGGAGCCAAACUAGGCAAAAAACUUUUACUGAAUCAACCCCUGAGUGAUAUGUUUUAAUGAUUUAACCAUGAAUUUACCUCAGUGUUCCUGCUGCACACAUUUUAUAUGGAUGGUUACACCACCAGUUCUGUCUCCAGUGAUAAAACAAAUGGCACCUUGCUUUUCCUUCAAGGAUCCUUUGUGAGAUACCAAAUAAUGCACUGUAUACUUUCUACUUAUCCCAUCAACUGUCUUUAGAAAUCUAUCAUUUGACGUAUGAAAUGACCUCUACUGUAUGUAUGUGUCAUGAGAUGUAAUAUGCGUAAGCAAAUAAAAGAAUUUAUGGAGGUGUAAGAAUA